AUGAUUGCAGCAGUGGAAUCGGUCAUUAAUCAGACGGAAGCGGCAAAGGAGACGAAGAACCUUAUCAGACACCAAGUUAAGUCCCUCCUUAUGACUCACAAGCCGCGCGAAGCACUCACAAAGGUCGAACGCGAUGCACUAAGAGAACCCAAGGCCGACAAGGACAUCGUCAUUGUGCCCGCGGACAAGGGGCGUUCCACCGUCGUAAUGGACAGAACAGCCUACCUUCAGAAGGCCAAAAACCUACUGGAGGAUCGCCAGUUCUAUGUCCCAUGUGAAACCAACCCCAUAAAAACGCUAACACGUGAAAUUAAUGCAACACUGUUGGCACUGGAGAACUCGGGUGCAAUAACGGCGACCGACCGACGCAUGGCGAGAGCCCAAGAAACGGCUUUGGCCCGAUUCUAUGGUCUACCAAAGGUGCACAAGGAGGGCGCUCCUCUCCGGCCCAUUGUUUUGCUAAAAGGCACUCCAACGUACGGACUGGCAAGAUGGCUGUUUCGACGCCUCAAAUCUCUGACCGCUGAUUCGGACACCACGGUCUUUUCGUCAACGCAAUCCCUAGAGAAGCUUAAAGGAGUAAGUCUCUUGCCCAAUGAAGUCAUGGUAUCUUUUGAUGUCACGUCCGUCUUUUCUUCUAUCCCCCAGAAUCUGGCAAUCGAGACCGUCCAGCUACUCCUACGAAACAAAUACGAUGAAACGGAGAAUCGUCUCGGACAUGCGCAUGUCCUUCAGCUCCUAAAAAUCUGUCUCAAUACGUACUUCACGUUUGACGGAACAAUCUACGAGCAAGUGAAGGGAACACCAAUGGGCUCGCCGAUUUCGGGAUUUAUCGCCGAGGCGGUGCUACAGCGGUUGGAGUCGCUGGUCUUCCAACACCACAGACCGAAAUUCUGGGCUCGGUAUGUGGACGAUACCGUCAUCGUCAUCGAAAGUGAUCAGGUGCUAACGUUCAAAGAACGUCUCAACAGCGUCUUCCCGGACAUACAAUUCACGAUGGAGGAGGAAGAGAAUAACCAGCUGGCAUUCCUUGAUGUCCUCGUCUGUCGCAAAGAUUGUGACGGCCUAAAGACCAAAGUCUUCAGGAAAGCAACGAACACGACGCAAAUUCUGAACUUCAACAGUAACCACCCAAUCUGCCACAAACGCAGUUACGUAAGAACGCUAUUUCGGCGUUUUGAGACGCACUGCAGUGAAGCGGAAGACAAGGUUGCUGAAUCCCAAUAUCUUCGACGGGUUUUCCGAGAAAACGGUUACCCGCGCAACUUCGUCAACCAGUGCCUUCGCAAACGAGACGAGCGAAAAAAUCGCGCCGACCCCAAAUUCAGGCGAGCGAUCCCGUACAUCAAGAACGUCUCCGAGGCCGUUAGCCGCCUUCUUGCACCACUUGGGGUUGGAGUUGUUCACAGACCGGAGGCCGCCAUGAGGCGUCAAGUGAUGAGACCAAAAGACCCACUGCCACGGCAAGAAACAUCUGAAGUCGUUUACCGGAUCGGGUGCAGUUGCGGACAAAGCAACUACGUCGGAAAAACUGGAAGACUGCUCCAGACGCGAAUCGCCGAACACGUGGCAGCUGUACUGAGAAAUGACGCCAACUCUCAGGUCGCGGCCCAUUCGACGAGACCCGGCCACGCACUCAAGUUUGAUGAGGCCGAAAUUCUCGCGAGAGGGGAUAAUCGCGUGAGCCGCGAGUUGCUUGAGUCAUGGUUCACGGGACCUCAGUCUAUCAACAAGUGCAACGACAUCCCCACUCCAUAUUCUGUCCUGAGCCAUAGACUGGCCAAAGCAAUUGACCACUCGUGGAGCGCGCAAGCACGUAAGCCAGAUGGCCGAGCAAUCAUCACGCCAGCAUCCAACACGGGUGAUGAGAUGUCAGCAAUUAACAACUUGCAUGUCGGCCAUCAAGCAAUUAGCGCACCAGCGGGCAACAAUCCUUGA